AUGGUUGAAUAUUCUUUUAGAUUUAAAGCAUUAAUUUUAACUGCUUUCUUCCUUUGUGGAGGCGCUGGUGCUGUCUUAGGGAAUAUAAUUUACAAUAUGAAGUCUUUAGGUUUACAUAAUACAGUAAAAUCUUUCCAAAAACCGAUUUUUCAGACAUGGUCAAUGUUUUUUGCAAUGACAUUACUCAUAUUUGAUAUACCAUACUUUAAAACAGGAGUGUGCCCAGGUUACACUACUGGCGGAGUAAUUAGAGGAAUUGGAUUAUUCCGCGUCGUUUCAAUUCCAUCACUUUGCGAUUUAGUUUCAACAUAUUUACAGAAUAUAGCCUAUUAUAUCUUCCUCCUUCAGUUUGGCAAAUCACAAGAGGCUCAAUUUUACUUUUUACUGCAAUUUUAUCAAUUUUCUAUCGAAAGAAGAAACUACGCUCCCACGAAUGGAUUGGUGUCAUUACGACAAUCAUUGGCAUCUCAAUUGUCGGCGUUUCUUCCAUACUUUUGA